UGCGAAGGAAGCGGCGUCCCCGGUUGCUAAGAGGGCGUCUCGGCGGCCACUCAGCGGCGGCGCGCUGGAGCCAGGCGAGGGGCUGGGGCGGGCGCGGCUCUCUGGGCCCCCCCUCCCCCGCUGAGCGCUGAACAAAGAUCCAGCGCGCGAGACAGAGAGGGCGAGAAAUCGAACGCGCGAAGUGACGCGGCGCGGCCUCUCGUCGCCCCCCGAUCCGUCCAUUUCCCCGCGCGCUGCGGGACUGACCGGGCCUGUGAGGGGGAGGAUGAUGAUGAAGAAGAGGAGGGUGGCGGCGGAGGGGCCGCCGGCGGCGCUGAGGGGGUGAAUGGAGCGUGGCGGCGGCGGCAGCAGCAGCAGCAGCGGCAUCCUCAGCGGCGGCACCCACUACUCCAGCUUCGCACGGGUCGGGGCGGGCGGGAGCAGCCCCGGCGAAGGCGGGGGCAAAACCUUCUCGGCCUGGGAAGCGACGAGCGCCGCGGAAGCCGGCGGGGCCGAGAUCCCCGUCAACGCCAACCCGUGCUGGAGGAGGGAGAGCGCCCCGCACUCGCGGGGCCAGGGCCGCCUAAUUCUGAACGCCUUCGUCCCUUGCACAAAUCUAAAGAUUCUUCUUGAGAGAGAUUUAUCAAAAGAACGCCAUGAGUUGUUAAAGGAUCAAAGACAAUUUCGUAACAGAGCACGAAAACACUUCGUAGAAACAAAUAAAAGGAGGAGAGCACUUGAAGAAAAAUGGAAAGAAGAUGAAGAAAAAGAGAAAAAAUUUAGAGAUCAAAUUUUGCUGCAGCGGAAACUGAAACAUCAAGAGGCAACUGAAAAAUUUCAACGUGGUCAUAUUCCAUCUUCACAGCGCACAAGAGUGCAGAGAAAACCAGGAUCUAAAUUGGAUGAGGCUCUCAAUCAAAUUCAGAUAACAGGAUUACACUUACCAUCAUCCAAAGCCAACAACAGAACCAUUAGCAGACCUUCCUCAGCGAUCAGAAAUGGUCCUUUUUAUUGGAAACAAAACUCAUCAAAAACGGGCUGUGAUAGGAUAACACAGGAGAAUAUCAGGGCAAAGCCGGAUAGCAACCAGCUUAAGGUCCAGCAAAAUCUGGAUGAAAUGCAGCAGCAACUGCCAGAGCAGCAUUUCAGCAGCCUUCAGGAAUUCCAUCAAGAAGUGAAUGAAAUAGCCCGUCCAGAAAGUGUUUCCAGUGUGGAUAGUCUUGAGGCUGGAGAACCAAAUGAAAGUUAUGCAACACUUAGUGAAGCAUCUUCUUUAUCUGCUCCUCUGGACUCUUCAAUCCACAAUUCACAGGGAUUACAAACCAGAAAUAAAAGUUUGUCUGAUGAAACUGAUAUGACUAUUUCUAAAAAUCAGCAUGUAAAUAAUUGGCUCAAAAAUUUAAAUACUUCAAAUUUCCAGGCAACUUCCCCUUUUCGUGAUAUUUUAAUUAAAUACAAUGUUAUACCUUCUGGUGAGGAUGCGUGCAGUUCUGAUCAGAAAUCAUCUGUUCCAAGUAUAUCUGAACAAAGAGAGGCUGAGAGAUGUUCCUCUGAGAAUAAUCUAACCUUUGUUCAAGAUAAAGAAGACAAAAGCUCUCUAUUGAACCAUACAUCUCUGGGAACAAUUGGCACAGAGGAUCCUUUAGCUACAGACAAACCUGUACUCAGAAUCAAUAAAACCUGGUCUACCCCUGAUUCUUCUUCAGUUGCUUUAGUACAAGAGGAGAAUUCUGAACUUCCCCAGGACAGGACUCCAUUGGCACAGGCUUGCGGUCAAACUGCAGCAAGUCCUGUAGACAUGCCCACUAGACAGUGGAGUUCUGCUGCCACUUACAAUUAUAAUAAUAGCUUAUUAGUUGAUUGUAUGCAGAAGGGAAGAGACGCUCAUGCAGCGAGGUGCACUGAAGAUAUAGACUGUAUAACAGGUGCUCACCCUGAAACAUCCUGCAGCCAUAUUAAUGAUGAGGCACCUGUGCUUGAAGAGCCAAAUAAAGACAGCCUUGAAAAGCAGAAAGGCAACAAAGAGGAAAAAACAACUGAAGUUCUCAUAACAGUGCCCCAUGAAGACUUCACAGCCAAUUUUUCUGACCUUGACCUACAAGAGAAUUAUAACACUAAUGAAAGCAAAGGAGUAAAAUUGCCAAAAAGCAUUUUGAAGAAAGAAUCAAAAUAUGAACCUAGCCCUUUCAGAGCAGUGGUUGUAAACAGAGGAAUCAGAUUUGGGAAUCUACCGAUGUCCUCUGUUAUAGACAGCAUUGAACUGGCCAAAACGAAAGGGAAGGAAGCAGAUAUUCAAAAGAACUCUAAAAAACUUAGGUGGUUUGAUGAAAUUAACAGAGUUGUGAAAGUAAAUGAUGAUGGAAAAUGUUUAGAAGAAAGUGCUACUGAAAUACCUCAGGCACAGCUUCAGUCACCUGGGCUUCAAAUUAAAGCCACCACUUCCAGAACUAAUCUUGAAAGCACUCCCUCUCACACUGUCAAUUCUCUUGUUCCAGAAAAUCACCAGGAGAAUUCUCAGACAUCUGCCACACCUGCUUCUGCUGAAGGCUCAGAAGAAGAUAGUGGGGAUCUUUUUGUAUCUUCAGGGUAUCAUGUUGCGAAACAGGCAUGGAUGGCCCCAAGAGGUGAAGAAAUUAAACCCCCUCCAUAUUAUCCUGACCUAAAAAAUCCAAAAAACAAUGCACGCAGAGGUAGAACAAAAAUGAUCAGAAGACCAAAAUCUGCCAAAGUCCAAUCAACUUUCACACCUAAGAACCGAAGAGGCGCCAUUGUUCGCCCACAGUCUGCCAGUGAAGCCACCAGGGUUAUGAAAACUCAGGGCAAAAUCAUGAUGCCUCACCCACCAUGUAAACCCAUACCAGGCAAAAAACCUGAUGAAAAUCCAGCAGACACUGUGUAUCAGUCAGUAAAUGUUUGCAAGCUUCAUGCAGAUACUGAAAAUAGUCACUUUUUAAAUGGAAGGCACCCUUUACUUGAAGGUCAAGAUUUGAGUAAAGACACUAUAGGAGAUCCUUCACCUCCAAAUAUUGCUCGCCAUUCUCACAUGGUCACGAUGCGACCUUCUUAUAGUAUAUUCACCUAUGAACCUUUGACAAAGACAAAGUGCAUUACAAAUACUGCUCAGGCAGUUGUCCCUGGUAACAGCUUUUCCAGAAGAAGUGCUUUGUACUCAGAAAAUGGAUUGUGUCCAGAUCGCACACCAACUGAUGAAGAAAUCGCUGUUUUGUGGCAAGGAGUGCAUCGUGCACUGGCUCAAAAGGAUGGUGCUGCUGGUGAUUGUGAGAACCCAGCCAUGAUCAAGAUACAUGAAGUAACAAGUUCUGGAGAUUCACAGCAUUCUGCUACCCAUUACAUUAAUUCAAACAGUGGUGACUUGCAACCCACUAGAUCUAAUGUGUCUCAUAUCACGAUCGAUGGUGGCAACCUGAUGAGCAGUAUUAAAACAGGUGUUAGGGUGAAUGGAUUUUUUCCUCCUCAGUCAACCACUGCUGUUGCUAUGGCAAGACGAAAACACUGUAAUGAAAGCGGUGAAAAUAAACGCAAGGCUCUUUUAGAACAGAGAAGACAAAUGGCAGCCACUGCCGGAUGGAAACCCACUAGUAUUGGACAGAACAUGGUAAAAUCCAUGAAACUAGCUCCAUGUCACUGUACACACGAGCCAGUGCAAAGCAUGGGUGGCAUGAGUAAUUCUGAUGAAGUUUCAGACAGCACCUCCCAGUUUCUACAAGCAGAAAAUCUAAAGAACAUGACAGCUACAGAAGGUGAAAUCUUGACUGGUUCAGACACAGGCCAACUGUACAAAAAUACCGUAGUGCUAAAUAGAACCCAGCGGCAAGGCAUGAGUGCACUGUCACUUGAAGAACACAGAGUUCUUCAGUCGCUGGAACGCAUUAACCAAAGGUUGCAGAAUGUCCAAGGAACCAUUAACAAAAACCCAUCCUCUACAAGUAUUUUGCAGACUAUUUCCCCAUUGGUCACAUCUCCCUCUUACGUGGACAUCACAUCACCCCUUCAGAAGUAUAGAAGCAUAUCAGCAGAAACCCGAGCCCUAAUGCAGAGAAGAUACUGACUUGGUCUAACAAAGGCUGCUGAACUCUGAGAUUUAUUUUAAUAUAUUCUCAGCUGCUAUCUUUGUAUCAUAUUCUUUUUGCAACAUACCUUAAAUCUAUUAAAAAUCCAAAUGAAAUAAAGGUGUAACGCAAGUAUUGACUGCUUGUUACCUAGUUUACAUUUAGGGCAGGGGGAAAAAAGAAUUAUUAUUUUAUAUAUGCACUUUACUGUAAAAUAUAUUGUAUUUUUUUAAGCAUGGAAAUACCUCACUUUUGAAUGAGUGAUGAUAUUUGUAAAUUUACUGUACAUUUUUAAUUAAAAGGAAAAGAAAUUAUUUUGCUACUGAUUAAAAUUAUGUAUGAGUUCAUCUCCUAACUUUAUGGCUUUCAUUAACUGCAAAUAAAUUUCUACUACAUUUGUAAAAGA